AAGAAAAAAUGUUUACUUCAGGCAAAGUAAGCUUCUUAAAUAAAAAUAGUAAAUACUGUUGGUAAAAAAGCUUGAUAAAAACAGACAAAUUACGCAUGGCUAUUCUAUCAGUCCCAAAAAAAAUCUACGAAAAAAAAAGUAGUUUAAAUAUGAAAUUUUAUAUCCACAAUCGGUAAGAAAAAUUGUUGACACAUAAGCGCAAAUUUUUAGUCCGCUGCCAGUAAGCUUGGCUAUUUCUAUAUUAGAUUUACACAAUCUAAACUUGUCAAGGUUCACUUAUCAAUCCUUGGAUCUUAGGUUGUUUGGUUUAAUCCAAAGUCAGUAUCUUUUCCAAUAUUUCGUGACACCUGACGUGAAUUUUUCUGUAUCGGCAAGUGACAAAGUGCAAUUAGGGCAUUUUAAAUGCUUUUUUUUGCCUACGCUUAAACAGAAGUUGCACCUCCGCAAACUCUUGGGUGAGGAGUAUUGGCUAGUUGAUGGUUUUGGUCAUCCCUAAAAACUGACUUUUGCCAAUUUUUUUCUUACCAAUUGUAGUUAGCCCUAAUGAGUGUACACAUGCACCAUGGCAAUGUUUAAACAUUGUAGUUACAUCUUGGGAGAUAGAUGAGACCAGAUAUAAUCAAAUUUUUAUGAAUAAAUUUCAAAUCCAAUUGGUUACUAUUUUUUGAUAAGCGUUGCAUUUCUAGGUUAUUAAAAGGGGGUGUUUAUGUAACAUUUUUUUCUACUAUUAAGAGCGCGGUGCAAGUAAAACUGUAGACUAGAUCUUAGAAAGUGCAAUAACUUACCGUCAAAUUUCUCAAUUUAAAAAAUACACAAAUUUAGAGGUAGUUAAUGUGUAAAAUUCGUCUGCAUAUCAAUGUAAGGUGAAGGACAUAAAAAAUUGAAAUAUGACCGUGCGCAUUUGUUAGAAAUAAAAUCUCUAUUUUCUAUACUGAUAAUGGUAUGGAAAAAAUGUAUGUGCAUUGCAUGUAAGAUUUUAUCUGGGUGACGAAAAAAGAUUGUCGAAAGGUGUGUGUAAAUUUUACUUUUUAUGUUUUAGUGUGUAUAUAUGUAUACUUGUACUUGUGUGUAUAAAGCGACAUGACAAAUUUAGUUGAAUUAGUUGGAUAUUUUGAUGAACUUCGCCAAGAUGGGGUGGAUUAUACCGAAGAGUCAAUUCUAGAAGUUCUUAGAAACCUACAAAUUAAGGAAUUCGAAACAGUGAGUGACAUUCCAACGAGACUUGUCAAUCAAAUCUUCGCAGAAUUGACAGAAUCUAAAUGUGGAAGACUGGACCCUAACCAAGAACAAGAAGUGUUGGAUUUUUUUGAGUCUCUUUUGGUUAAAGGAAAAAUAAAGGAAGAAAUGAUAGCUAAAGCGUUAAGAUAUUUGUUAAGAUUGGACAUUAACAAGAAGACAGCUUUACUUAUUGUAGACGUACAAAACGAUUUCAUCUCUGGCAGUUUGGCGUUAAGAAACGCCCCUGCUGGACAAGAGGGCGAAGAAGUUGUACCAGUCAUUAACGCCAUCUUGGAGAACAACGAAUUCGAUUUAGUCGCCUACUCCUUCGACUGGCAUCCUGAGAACCACUGUUCAUUCGCUGACUGUGCAUGCCAGUAUAAAAUGCACGAGUGCUCGGAACAUAAAAAAGAACAUUAUAACGUCUAUGACAAAGUGCAUUACGAUUGCGAAGGGAAUCCAAUGGAACAAGUUUUGUGGCCUAUACAUUGCGUACAGGAAACCGAGGGAGCGGAACUGCAUCCAGAUUUAAAAGUUGCUGAAAAUCAUGUUCAAGUUUACAAGGGUAAAGAUUGCAUCGUGGACAGCUAUUCAGCAUUUUGGGAUAACGGCAGACUUUCUCAAACUGUCUUGCUAGAACACAUACUUGAUAAGAACAUUACUACUGUGUUGAUUUGUGGUCUGGCUUAUGACUUUUGUGUCGGAAUGACGGCGUUAGACUCAGCAGGUCACGGCUUGGAUACUUACGUAAUGGAGGACGCCGUGCGGAGUGUGGCGGAGGAAUCUACUGUUGCAAUGAAAGAAAAUUUAGAGAAGAUUGGAGUAAAAAUUAUCCAGUCUAGUGAAAUACCAGAUAUUAUUUCUUGAGUGUGGUUUUAUUAGAAUUAGAAAGCUCUAAAUUUUUCAACGAUCAAACCAACCCAGCUAAGACGUCGAAAAGCAGUAUUUUUUGAUUACGCAUGGUUGGACAUCUUAAAAACAUGUUAAUUAUGUAAUUAAUACUUUUAUAUUAUAUAGUGAUGUAUUAAAUUAUUCAAGCAUAAAUGUGCAUUUCAUUCCUUGGUAACCAAAUAAUUGGUCUACAGCCUGAGCUGUUCUUAAUUUCUCAAUAUACUUAACUUGCAAUUAUUUUUUUAAUAUUAUUUUUACAGUAAAUUACAAAUUUAGUAGAAUUUCAGAAUGCCAUUUUUCAGUCAUUCCCAACCUCGUUCUUGUGUGGUUUUUAGUAAACGAAUUUGUCUAUGAAUUCGAUGGCGAAAUGUAUCUGAGCAUCGCAGUUUCGGUUAUUUUGACACACUUUUUUAUUAUAAGAAUACGAUUUGGGAUUUCAGGUUAAACACAGAGGAAUAAGAAUACUGACCAGCAUAGUCAGAAAUUUUGUGUUAAUAUAGGCGUGUAUGCUUUUCGCAUAAGUAAUUAAAACGCAGUACUCUAGUUUUUGUCUCGUGGAGACAAUCAUUGUUUGAAUUUUAAAUCCCCGGUUUCAUUUUUUUAACCUUUAUUUUGCAGAUAUUAUUGCUUUUUUCGCGUUCCCGAGAUUUUAUCCAUUUUCAAUAUUUUCAGCCGCCUAAUAAAGAUAUUUGACAUUAAGUAACGAAGCCUGGGGAUGAGAAUUGAUUUACAUUCGCCUCGUGAAUGUUCUGACUGCAGCUUGAAAUUGUAAAUCUUGUAAUUAGUAACAUUUUUGGAUUUAGAAAUUAUUAGCACUUUCA